GCAUGCAGCUUAGAUAUGCUGUGGUUUUAUCACGCAGUACUGUAAUCAUUGCCCCUAAUCCAGGCAGUGAAACUGGAAGUUUGAUAAUCAGUUGGCUGUUUGAAUAGAUUGGGCUAUCACUGGGCAAUCAAUGCCUAUUAAAUAACCGCGUGGAUAGUGUAAAUCAGUACACAGUAUUUUAUUGGACAGAGAUGGCAGGCAACAUGAGGAUUAUAGUAUUUUACUCUCUUGUUGCUUUAUCGUUUGGAAAAGACAUGAUCUCCUCACUUCCGGCGAAAAGAGCAAAAGGGUGUAGCAUCGAGGGGGACAUAGCCUUUGUUGUGGACAAUUCCAAUAGCAUUGGUCAUAAAAACUGGGAGACACAGUUGCGGUUUAUAGAGGAACUUGUCCGAGGAUUUGUCGUGGGCCCAAACGACGUCCAUAUCGCCCUUUUAACUUAUAGCACUGGGUACAAAAUCGAGUUUCAUCUAAAAGAAUACGAAACUAAAGAGGAAGUUCUAGCCAGGAUAAGGGAUUCGAAUUACACAGGAGGAUCGACGGGAACGGACCGAGGGAUCCGUAUGAUGCGUAUUGGAAUCUUUAACCCCCGAAACCGAAAAGGACCGCGCACCGGAAUACCUCAUGUUGGAAUUGUGGUUACCGACGGCUGCUCUGAUAAUCCCAACGCUACCGUCUCAGAAGCCCGUCUAGCAAAGACUGAAAACAUUAUCAUGUUUGCUGUCGGAAUUGGAAGUGAAACUCGUUUUGAGGAACUAAUCGACAUAGCGACUCGACCUAAAGAACAACAUGUGUUUCAUGUCGGUGAUUUUGACGCAUUGGCAUCAAUUCAAGAGGUUAUUCUGCAGGAGAUUUGCAAUGCGCUGUGUCCAAAAAACUGGACUGCGAGCGGAAAAAAGUGCUACUAUGUGUCUUCCACUGCCCUGUCAUACGCGGAAGCCGGACAGCGCUGUGUUGACCUCCACUACAGCGCUACGCUCGCCACAGCCAAGACGAAGAUUGAAUACAAGACGAUAACAAAAAUGAUAUACACAAAGACUGGAUACAACUUCUCUUACUACAUCGGGCUUGACAAUGAAAGAUCUGGUGGAGCUGACUUCAUAUUUGCAGACAACUCGACUUCGGUCCUGUACAGCGAAUGGAUCUCUGAAGUCCCGAGUGGACAGAGACAGGGGUGCGUCAUGUUGGAUAAGACGCAUUCAUUCAUGUGGGACGUCACUGAAUGUUCCGUCAGUCUUCCAUUUGUUUGUGAAAUCGACAAGACUCGACGUACUUAAAAAGGAUAGAAAAACGACCAAAAUUAUUGUUCUGGUUCUCAAAGUACAUAGUCGGACUAGAAGAGACCACCUAACAAUUCAGUCAUUCAAUGGUGCAGAACGGCGCAGAGAUGUUGAUUUUACAUGCACCCAUAUAUCUUCAGUGAUUUUCAUAGCUAAGAUGUGGUAGUUGAGAUGGUGCAUUCUAGACACGCAAAGGUUUUACUGUAUGGGCUGACGUGACAGGUCAGGUCAAAGUAUACUAGUAGAUAAUGUUAUGGAUUUUAUAUAUGUGACAGUUAACUUAUCAUACCGAAGGUAUACCACACGCAAUAAGGACAGCAUACUUUUUAUUAUUUGUGUAUCCUUGUCUGAGGAUGUACUUGAUGAAAAUGAUCUUUCUAGGAACACCUUACUGAGAUAUCUAAUAUCAUUAAACACUGAUUGUAACUUUCUAAAAUCUUAAUUAAAUAAAUGACGCUGGGAACUCACCCUUGAAGAACAAUUUUGAAGUAGUUAAAUGGAGCACAACUAUAACCUCCAGAUGUACAUUUGUAUUCCAUCAUAUGUUGGAGACUAUGAAACGUUCAAUCAUAAAGUGAUCAUGUAGAGCCCCCCGCUCAAAAAGCAAAUAAAUAAAUAGGAAUAAACUAUCACUGAAGAUCCGUGAGGUUCCCUUACAGGCAGCGUGCGUAGCAAAUUUUAAGAAGACUGGCUAAAGAACCAGAUGGUAAUGUUAAUAAGAUAAUAAUUGUAAAAAAAGAUUCAGUCUAAAAGCUAAACUCCUUCAGGAGCUUUACCUGUUCAACGUGAAAUAAAUAACGGGCGUCCUAAAGUGAAUUCUACAAGACGUAGGACAGCUAUAGGGAAAAUGUUUUGGUCAUUUCUAUGGGAAAGCUACAAGGAAAAUUUUCUAUGGGAAAGCUACAAGGAAAAUUUUCUAUGGGAUAGCACAUUUGAGUUGCAGUUAAACAUGCAGAGCAAUCAAAUGUUUAUUAUAGAACAUAUGAGACUUAUAUGCAGCUGAAGGUAAUUCCAGAUUCUAAGCAAUAUGAGACUGAGCAGCUUUUUUUCCAAUCCGUUGAUAUAUACUUGUAUUACUUCUAAUACUUCACUGAUAUAUACUUGUAAUUAUUUUACAUAUAAAAAUUCUUAUUACCUUGCUUCGCCAACAUUAUGGUUUUGUGUUUUUAGUCGUCCUAUAAGUGUAAGGUAUUUA